AUGCAUUGGCUCAAACGGGGGGAUUAUCCCAGGGAUAUUGAGGAGGAAUUAAAGACAUAUCCGCUUGUCACUGCGAAAGAUCUGCGGAACCGUCGCGAGCGCCCGCGGCAAGUGAAGAUGUUGACGAGAGAAUUUAUUGACGAUAGUUUGUAUAAUCCUCAUUACGGUUAUUUCUCGAAACACGCGACCAUCUUCAGCCCCGGCGAGCCGUUUGAUUUCAAUAACAUCGAAGACGGGCCGGCAUUCCAUCGCAUGCUCGGAGAGCGGUAUACAGAAUUCGAAGAUAAAUUGGAUGAAACACAGCCGGACGUGGCCCGUCAACUGUGGCAUACUCCCACCGAACUGUUCCGCCCUUAUUACGGGGAGACAGUCGCUCGAUACUUGGUGUCAAACUAUAAAUUGACAUUGUAUCCCUAUCAUGACCUGAUCAUAUACGAGAUGGGAGCCGGCAACGGUACAAUGAUGAUCAACAUUUUGGAUUUUAUCCGGGAUACAGAUUACGAAGUAUACCAGCGAACCAAGUUCAAGAUCAUUGAGAUCUCGCCCGCACUCGCGAGCCUGCAGAUGAAGAAUCUGACCGAUUCGGUGAAUGCAGCUGGGCAUAUGGACCAUGUUGAAAUCAUCAACCGAUCCAUCUUUGACUGGGAUACCUAUGUACAUUCGCCUUGCUUCUUUCUCGCGUUGGAGGUGUUUGAUAAUUUCUCUCACGAUGCGAUUCGAUAUGACUGCAAGACGGAACUUCCCCAACAAGGCGGCGUGCUGAUUGAUGCGGACGGCGAAUUUCAUGAAUACUACAAUGCGCAACUUGACCCUGUGGCAUCUCGAUUCUUGCGCGUCAGACAGGCUGCGGCGCGUCGGCCGUUCCCGAGCCCUCUGGGCCCCAAAGCGAUUCGCCAAUUCGGCGGUUCCUUGCCCUUCCAGAGCCCUUAUACCCUUCCAGAGUACAUUCCCACUCGGCUCAUGCAGUUCUUUGAUAUCUUGGAUAGCUACUUUCCUGCACAUCGGCUGGUCGCGAGUGACUUUAGUAGUCUCCCGGAUGCUGUUCCGGGUAUCAAUGCGCCAGUGGUGCAGACACGUUACAAGAGACGAACAGUCCCAGUGUCUACCCCCUUUGUUCAUCAAGGCUACUUCGAUAUAUUCUUCCCCACCGACUUCAACGUCAUUGAGGAUCUUUACCGCGCCAUUACCGGGAAAUUGACACAGGUGAUGAGUCACGAGGACUUUGUCCGCCGUUGGGCGUAUAUAGAAGACACCGAGACGAGGAGCGGCGAGAAUCCGCUGCUGACCUGGUAUAAAAAUGCCAGCAUGCUGAUGACGGUUUAG